UAGGGUUGGAACAACUUUAUAAACCUCAGUAUGUUAAAGUUCUUGCUGUCAAUACAAAUUUUACUCUGAUGUGGGACUGGAAUAAUCAGAUCAACUAUGGUGCUAAAUUUACAGCUGAAUACAUGAGUGGGCACAUGUUGUCUUGGCAGGCAGUACCUGGAUGUGAGCAUGUUAUGGUAACCAAAUGUAACUUACCUGUGGAGAUAUUUGACAUCUUCGAGGAAUAUUCUAUAAGAGUAAAGGCUGACAAUGGGAGCAGAGUUUCAUUUUCACAGAGCAUCUCAUUUGCCCCACUUCUUAAUUCUGUAGUUGGUCCUCCACCAGUAAUUGUAACAGCAAAGAGCAGUAUUAUAGAAAUCUUUAUCGCUGAUCCUGAAGAAGGGAAUGCUAAAAGGAUUUGGGAUCCUCUAGACUAUUUUUAUAUAGUUGAGUACUGGACAAAGAAUUGUGAACAGAAGAGACAAUUAUCUUCAAAGGUGCCAAAUAUAACCUUGUACGACCUAGAACCAAAGACUCAAUACUGUUUGAGAGCCAAAGUCUGUAAUACACGUUGCAGCAGAAAUGAAUACUUCAGCCCUGAUUACUGCCUGCUGACCACAGACAGAGCUCCAGGAGAAAUUCCUUACCCAACGAAUCUACAGAUGACCGGUAUCAACACAAACUUUACUGUCACAUGGGACUAUGAUAACAGAAGUGCAGAUAACAUCACCUUCACUGUACAGUAUAUAUUAGGACAUGACAGAGUUUAUACGAAUGCAAAGAAACUGCAGAAAUGGAGAACCAUUGAGGCAUGCAGAAAUCUUACGGAAACAGAAUGCAACUUCUGCUGGGUCAGGGAAAUCUUCAUGGGCAUUUAUUACCUACGUGUAACAGCUAUUAAGAAAGGGGUAGAACCAUCAUAUUCUAAGGUCCUGGAGUUUACUCCAGAUAAACACACUAGACUCGGUGCGCCGUCUGCAGUUGUGGUACGCUCCAGAGAUGGCUUACUUGAUAUCCAAAUCACUGAACCCAGAAAUCAUGAAAACAAGUCCAUGACUGAGUUCCUGAGUGGUCCGUACAAGUACUACAUUGUCUUCUGGAAAGAGGGUUCCAGUGUAAAUAAAAGUGAAAUAACGGAACAGACAAAAUGGGCGAUCACUGAUUUAGAGCCAUGGACUUCCUACUGUAUGAAAGUUCAAGCAGUUGAUGUCUACAACAAAAAAGGCCUCUUCAGUUCAGUGCAGUGUGUGAAAACAACAGAUAAUGGUUAUCCAUCAGUUUGGAAGAUCCUGUUGUAUCUUGGGAUUUCUGCAGUAUCAAGCUUUGUGGUGAUUAUGGUCAGCAUUCUCUUUUUCUAUUACUUGUACAAGAUGAUCAGAUACACCUUCUUCCCAUCUUCUAAGCUGCCAACAAGCAUAGAGGAGUGCUUUAUGGACCAUUCCAAGAGGAAACAGUUCCUUAUUCUUCAGACAAAGGCCGAACAGUGUUGUGAGACGGUUAGCAUUACUGUGGCAGAGUCUGAAGAAAAGACUGAUACUAGCAAAGACAAAGCAGAGCCUAUAAGUACACAGGCUAAUAGGGAUUCCGGAAAUUACUCUAGUGAAGGUUAAGCCUCUGGAAGUGAUAAAAUGAGGAGUCAGGUUAACAGCGAAGUGGUACCAAUCUGCUUUUGUUUAAAAACUGCUAAAAGUGAAGGGAGCUGUGAAUGACUGCAUUGCAUGAUUGCAGGUGCAUUCCUAAUCUUGGCACUGCAGUCGUCUUUCUUUGAGUGGAGUAAAUCUAAUCUGUACAUUUCAUAAGGGGAUUUGCUCCUGCACAGGAAGAGAGCAGGUGCUUUCAGGUGUGCAUAUCCCAUGUGUGACAGCUUCCAGACUGAUUUGAGAUGCACUGCAGCAAGUUGUAGUUGCAGUAUUGACUGACUUUGGAACUCUUCUCCACGAAGAAUCAAGAUUCAUCAGUUAGAAAGACUUUUUUUCCCCAAAGGUGGAAAUUUUGAACUGAACUUGCUUUUAAAUCCUGUGUUUCUUAUGAACUGUGUUUAAUGGCCAUGAUUGGGACUUAACCACAUUAGCAUUUGUUUUACUUAUUUAUAUCUUGCACACAAAUAGUAGUUUUUCAACCACUAAAUAUAUUACAAACUUGUAUUUUGCUUGUAUAGCUGUAUCAGCUUUUAGCAAUACUGGUAUUUAAUAAUGGCAUAAUUUUUUGUAUAGAUGGUCUGUGCUUCACUUAGAAAAAGAGCCUGAUGAUCAAGCAUUAUUCUGAAGCUGAUUUAAUUGAAAGCCUAGCAUUCAGAAGUUCACAGGAGUGUUUUAAAGUUGGUUGGUUUCUUACAAGCACCUGAUGUUUCAAUGAACUGUGCGAAAGCAGCCCCUGUGAGGGGGAACUAAAACUGUAUCUGCAAAUGUCAAUGCCUGUGUGAUUAACAUAAUUGUAUUAGCUUGCCAUUUAUCUUGCCAUAAUGGAAACAGAAGCAUGUUUACAUAUACAUUUACUGAACUCUGAAGGUGUUUCAGUACAGCAGCAUCCUGUGAUUGAAUUGUAGGUCUACAGCAUAGUAGGGCAGUUUGUAGUGUAGUAGUUGCAAGAGUCCCAGAUCCAAGUCCUACAAGAGUAGUGCCUUUUUGUUCCUAAGCAAGGUGCAUAAACAUUACCUACGUUUUUCAAUCCCUCCAUAAUGUUGGUGACAGUAAACAUGUAAGUAAAGCAGGGCAUUGUAUUUAAGUUAAAUGUGAUUAGGGUUAAACUAAAUACUUGCCUCUGUCAGUAACAUGAUGUAAUGAAUUGUGUAGCUGACUUCAGCACUGAGGAGUAACUGACUUUGUAACCACUAAAUGUUGGCUAGUCCAACACAGCUUGAAAUGGCAAGCCAGAUGUGGCCCAGGGGAAUGGAACCUUGACUUGUGGCCCAGGAGAGUAGAGGCCAGAUGGAUGACAUGGGCGAUGAGAAGUGAGCUUGUGAAGAAGUGGGUAGGAGAAGGUAUGGCGUUUUGCCAACUCUUCCAACCUUGACUGAAGAAAAGGGAUUUCCUUCUAGGGCAAUGGCCCAUAGUGAAGGCCUGGUGCUCCAUCUUGGCUGCAGCUGUUGAGGAGCUCACCAGGCAGUCAUACACAGACUAAUGAUCCACAUCCAUGUCAUUGUAUGCUGGGUUUAGGGUAGCUGUGUGGAUAGGGUGUAGCAAAAUUCAGGCUGCCCAUAGAUGAUGGGUCACUUUGGCUGUCACCCCAGCUGCUAAUAUGCUUAUGGUCAGCCAGUGAGUGAAACAAAUGAAUAAGCAAGAAAGGGCCUUGAUAAGCAGGGCAAAGAGGGGAGAAAGGAAAAGCAUUAAAAAAAAACUAGAGCUGCAGAUGAUGCUUUGUGUUUAGUUUCAGCAGUAUAAACUAAGCACCAUGGAUGACUAGUGGAGAGAUCGUUUCACUUCAGUACAGCACAUCAUCAUCAUUGUCUUUUGCACCUCACAGAGGCUGUAGUAAAACAUUUUUGUAGUCAUUCAUAAUACUGCUGUUACAACCAUUCUUAACCAUUUAACUAAAGCAGCUAGUAUUUUAGAGGCAUGAUGACCAAGUAUUAAUUGUGAUAACUGACAUUAGUUGUGCAUCUAUUUUUUUUCAGUCAUAGGUUCAUAGGUAAAUACUACACUAGCUUCCCUUGCCAGCCAUUUCAAAUGCAUUCAUAACUUUAAAUUUAUGUGCAGACUCUAAACUGUGGCAUUUCUGUGAAUUUGUGUUUUACACUGAGUUUUUAUAUAAAGCAAAAUGUCAUAAUUUUA